CAACGAGAAUGGAGAAACAACGUCAUUCGCGUGGAGGCUAUUCAGCGUGUUCGAGGAUUCACGGCCGGUUAAACGGAUCGCUGAUGAUCCAACUCGAUCAUCGCCGCUUCAGCGGGUUCUCUAUGCUCGCGAGUUGAUGGCAAACUUUUGCAACACCGUGCAUCCUUCCGCUCGCGAAUGACUGUAACCGCGCGGCGCAUGGACAGUCAUUUAGAUCAUGAUAGUGUGCGAAUCGCGACGUUAAUCCAUCGAGUAACCGCAUCGACGUUGUUCUCGAAGAUCGACCGAAGUCGCCGCGAAGUGUUCUCGAUGCAAUGUUGAUCGCCUCGAUAAUCGAAGUGACCGGGAUUUUGACCGUUAGAAGCGUUCGCAGGCUCUAGCCUUUUCUCAGUGUGCAUCCAGUUUGAAUCACUCUCGAACGGAAAUUCCAUUCCCGGACGAUUCCGUUGUAUCUCAGGUACGCGGUUGUCUCGAAUCGGUUGACCAAGUGCCAGUAUCGAGGACGACGUCAGUACCGCGGCUCACUUCCGGUCUUCGGCGCCGGUCAAACGAAAUUCCAAGCGAACGAACGAUUUUCUCGAAGACUUUCAACGAAUUUUCCGAAAGUCUCGAGCACUGUUGAAAUCCGAAGCAACUGCGAGGGGAAUCGUCCACUGCCAUGCGCAAUAGAGAGCGCGCAGUGUAAUUGAGGUGGCGCGAUUGGUGCAGUGGUUCGUCGGGCUGUUCGACGGGAGGAUAAUCGAACGGAUAAUCGACGGUCCAAGAUGGUGCGUGUCGCGCGUCUUUCCCACGCGAACGGAGAAACCACGAAGAUGAAGGAUGCGGUUCCGCAGAAAGGAAACAACCAUAACAAUAAUAACAAUAACGUAACCCCCUUGAAGAGCAAGCCUUCUUUGGUGAUUUACCGGCCUCCAGGCGGAAGAACGGAAGGAGCCACGGCAAACGUCACUAAUCCCCGAUUGAACGUACACGCGAAGGAGUUCACUAUGAAGCAGAACGACUCGCAUCCUUCUAAGUCUCGGACGAACGCUUCGGAACGGUCCCCGUACUACCUGCAACACAGCAAGUCCAGCGGCAACGUGCACCGGUACCUGUACGCCCAGCAGCAGCAACAGAUACAGCAUACCCUGCAGCAGCAGCAGCAUCAUCAGACGUCCCGGCACUCGCAGAGCAGUCAUCAUUCAAUCACUUCGGCGCUGAAGCAGGCACACCCGCUUGACACUUCGGCGUCGGGCGGCAAUAUCAUACAUGGUUCCGGUAGGGUCCAUUUCAAUGUGGAACAAAACGAGGUGAAACCGAAUCCAAGUAAACCCGGCAGGCUCACCAAAUCGUUGUCCUUCGUGUCCACGUAUGGCCUGAAACGAUCGAAGAGCUUGAACGCGGCUGACGUGUUGGCUGCGAAGGCAGUAAAUAUCUCAGACGCCUCAGAAUUAGGGAAAUUUCCUCCAGCGGUUCAGGACACUCUCUUGAGAGCUAUCGAUGACCCAAACCUGUUAAACGCAAGAGCAUUGAUGGAGCUGGUGCGACACAUCCUGGAGAGGGUCGUUGAGAAUCGCAAGUACGCGGAACCGGCGGCGAAGAUUUGUAUCACCAUUAUAGAGAAAGAAGCGAAGGAAACGUUCCUGGAGUCCUUGUUGAACACGUGCCAACAGUGGUACCAGGAUCGCGUCAAGAUACUCUACGAUGGGUCGAGUUAUCAUCGUUACUCCGCCUUCAUGACGUUCCUCAAUGAAAUGUACUGUCAGUUGAAGCGAAGGCAGCUUCAGUUGAAGACACAACAGGAGGGCGUUCCUCCCGGACGCGUUCUCCUCACGUUGCUUUGGAAGUGCUGUCAGGAUUGUCUACAGCCUCCCGUCGUCAAUUCCCUAGCGGAGACGGACUGUCUGUUCUUCAUCAUGACGUGCAUCGGUAAGGAUCUGGACACUGAACUGCCGGCCCAGUUGCAGCAACUGCUGGGAAGCUUGAGGGACGCGUUCCUCGCGGAGGACACGAUCUUGCCGUCGGUUAGAAAGACCCUUCUACAACUGAUUGAACUUCACGCCGCCCACUGGCAGCUUCCGGCACCGGCGGUCGUAUACUAUUAUCCCGGGUCGACCUCGAAAUGAUCCUUCACUGUCUCGGCUCCCUCCGUCCAUUCGUCGGCUCUGUGCGUGUGCGCACAACGGGUACGUGUGGAGCUGAGCGAUCAUAUAGUGGGUGGAACAAAUGCAAUAACCUUCUGAUGAAUUUCACUGAGACGUUCAAUCCGCAAUGUUAACUCAGACCUGAGUCUUCUACCUCUCUCGCGAGCCACUACCUCUGGCGGAAUGUUUUCAACGAGAAUCGAUAACGUCAUUGCUAAAAGAAUUACUCGCAUGAUCGUCUGACGAUAUGCAAAGACAAUAUCCAUAGGAUAAUGCAUGGAAUGUGAACAUUACUGGGAAAACUAUGUACAUAAGUAGCCCCGCAAAAUAUUGAAACAUUUAUUAAUUUAUUAACUUACUCGUGUGAAGGGGACUAUUUUAUUCUACCUGCUUCAUUCGUGAAAAUAUUUUGCAUGUUUCCACUAAGUGAAUAAUUCUUUUAUAGCAGACACUCGGUUCAUUCUGAAGGCUUUUUGUCAGGGUUAGUAGUCAACUCGAGGCGCUAGAUCGAAAGAAAGGAUCGACCCAUUCGCGAUCCUUGCGAUGUCCUUUAUUCGAGGACCCGUUCAGCGCUUUGUAAGGUCGUUACAUUUGUUCCGCCGAGUGUAUGCGAUUUAAUGGGGUUCCUUGUACUUGAAUGCGUCGACUGCUGAUCAUGCGAAUAAAAAUGAAACGAACACCGCCGGGCCCCGGGCUAAGCGAGUCGCUCGAAGGUGAUUGAUCGCCCGAGGCGACUCGACGGAGGCUUGCAUGGUCACGUAGAUCCUCUCGCGAGCGUUAAUCUUGAUUGAAAAUGAUACUUACCGUCUUCUGUUGAUCCUUUCUUUUCUAAACGUUGUACGCCGCUCCGAAUAAUCGAAACAGCUCGCCAGAUUCACUCGCGCAACGAACGCGAACGCGCGUUCAACGAAGCCAGCGAACCUUACCCGACCUUCAUUUGUAUUCAGCGUCGAUUAUUCGGAGCAGCCGGUUACCGAGCACUUGUACAUAUUUUUUACAGCAUCUUGAAAUGUUGUGUUAGGUCUGUGCGAAGGUUUGCGCGAUCUUGAUGUAGUUAAACGUUCCCUCGUUAUAUUUAUUCAGUAACACGUCUAACGUGCCAUAGUAACGAUUGUUCAGCUACGUCAUGACUUCCACGCAUUUGCAUUUGUCUGCGACGGUUGGCCGAACCAUAGAUUCGUGAACGAUAACGGUGACCAUGCGGAUGAUUAUGCAGAUUCGCGUUCCCAUUGAUUCAACGAGGAUCACCGGGAAAAAGGCAAUUACCUCGUGAAUUUUAUCGAGCUUUUUAGAGUGUCAAACGUUGCAUAUGCGUGUCAUAAAUGCAUAAAAAUCUCGGAGCUAGGUGUUACCUGGCUCGUGGUUUAUUAUACACGAAGUCGAAGGAGACCACUCGAAAUGGCUCCGGUAAAAAAGAAGCCAGCGAGCCAGUCGAAAGCGGCCGCGACAAAAACUUUCGAAUAGACCUAAUAAAUGUCAUCCCCGUUUCAUUCGCAUGAUCUCAACGUCCACAUUAUUCACUGAACACGUCACGAAAGAGAAAAGGAGAGAGACGGAAUCGCUGGACGGCCCCGAAAUUGCGCCGCUCGCGAACGCGAAACCUUUGUUCGACCGACGAUGCGUCAGCCCUCGAAACGGCCAACCGUGAUCUCGUUGUUACCGAGAAGAAUGAUUGCCUGUCAUCGUUACGAGACUCUCGAGCAAGAAAAAAGGAUAAAAAAUGAAUGGGGGAAAAAAUGUAGAGAACGAUUCACCGACGAUCGCUGUUGCGCGUUCGCGCGAGAACGCCGCGUGACUUCGUCGUUCCUGGAUGUGCACCGUCCGGCCGCCUCGUCGGUGCCCGAAUUAGAAACGAUUUCGUUAGUUGGCCAAUGGGUUAGGAAAUCGGGACACUCGGAAACCGGUACGGUGUUUGUCUUGGCCGAAUUAACACGUCCCGCCGAGGAACCCGAGAGUAUUCACCUCUCGAGGUGCGCAGGUUCACGGUUAAAGUCGGACAUUGAAAGUUACGAGUCGACUGUGGAUUUUUAUGCAAAUACCUUCGUCUCUUUUCGCGUUGACUUACGGAAAGCGAAUGAAACCUCUCGUUCUGACUAUGGACGUUUUAUAUGGACUGAAGUAACAGAGAAUUCUCAUUCGCGUCGAAUUCUUUGUUGCACUGGAGUAUUGGAAUAUUUGCCUGGAAAUCUGUUUAACGUUCCAUGCAGAAAGCUCUGAACUUCAACGCUAGAACCACAGUAGAGUUUUUGACAUUUAUCUAUGAGGACUUUGAGAGUAUAUCUAUUAAAUUAAGUUUAUGUGUUACUAAAUCAAUUUCUUUAGUAACUUCUCGUUUCUUGUUUUUGUGAUAAUUGUGAAAGAAGAUUUGAAGAAUGAGUAAUGUUGACUUACAGUGGUUCCAGUGGUAAAGUGGGGUUCACAGUUCAAUAUAGAAACUUCUGAACUUUAAUACUAGAAC